CCUAUUGAACCCUCAUCGAUCUUACAGUGCCAGUCCAGCUGCUCAAGAGACCACACCUGAAGAAAAAGACAGAGAUACGAAAGAGUGGCAGAGGGACAGCAAUCACCCAUUUCUGGUGACAUCCCUCACAUGUAUCUUCCUUAAAUCGAUUUUUAACUUUAAGAGCCAUAUAACAAUCAGAAACCAUGAAAGACUGGCACUGGAUACCCCUUCAAAGAGUGUUCUAUCCCUCGUCAGACUUCCCAUCCUCUAAGAUGUCCCAGUCCGCUGUUGCUGAAGAAGGAGGGACCUUUGAGCACCUGUGGAGCUCCCUGGAACCAGACAGCACCUAUUUUGAGCUCCCCCCAAACAGCCGGCCAGGGGAACACCCGGUGCCGUCUACUUGCACCCCUGGGAAUCACUGCAACUCAUCGGAAGUAUCCAUGGAUGUCUACCAUAUGAGAGACAUGAACGACAAUGUAAUGUCCCAGUACAACCUGCUGAGCAGCAGCAUGGAGAGCCUGGGGAGCCGUGCGACGUCCGCCAGCCCCUACAGCUCUGAGAACGCCUCUUCAUCGGCCGUGCCCACCCCUUCGCCCUACUCCCAGCCCAACUCCACUUUCGAGGGCCUGUCGCCUGCCCCGGCGAUCCCCUCCAACACCGACUACCCCGGGCCACACGACUUCCAGGUGUCCUUCCAGCAGUCCAGCACCGCCAAGUCCGCCACAUGGACCUACUCUCCUUUGCUGAAGAAGCUCUACUGUCAGAUUGCCAAAACCUGUCCAAUCCAGCUCAAGCUGUCGUCCUCCCCUCCACAUGGCAGCAUCCUCAGAGCCAUGCCUGUCUAUAAAAAGGCAGAGCACGUCACUGAAGUGGUCAAACGGUGCCCCAAUCAUGAGCUUGGACGGGACUUCAAUGACGGUCAAACUGCCCCAGCCAGUCACCUGAUCCGAGUGGAGGGGAAUAACCUCUGCCAGUAUGUGGACGAUCCUGUCACUGGCAGGCAGAGUGUCUUUGUGCCCUAUGAGGCUCCACAGGUGGGAACUGAGUUUACCACCAUUCUCUACAAUUUCAUGUGCAACAGCAGCUGUGUGGGUGGCAUGAACAGGAGACCCAUCCUCAUCAUCAUCACUUUGGAAACCAGAGACGGCCAAGUGUUGGGCAGAAGGUCAUUUGAGGGCCGGAUAUGCGCAUGCCCCGGCCGGGACCGCAAGGCCGAUGAGGACCACUUUCGGGAACAACAGGCCUUGAAUGACAACGUGGCCAAAAAUGGGAGUGCCAACAAGCGAAACUUUAAGCAAAGUCCACCAAAUAUUCCCAGUCCAAAUAUCAACAUAAGGAAGAGGCGGCAUGGAGACGAAGAGAUCUACUAUAUUCCUGUUCGCGGACGGGAGAACUUUGAGCUUCUCAUGAAGAUUAAGGACAGUUUGGAGCUGGUGGAGCUGGUGCCGCAGCCCCUCAUUGACUCCUACAGACAGCAGACACAGCAGCAGCUGCUGCAGAGACCGAGUCAUAUAGCAUCCCCUUCCUCCUAUUCUCCCUUGUCAAACAUGAACAAGAUCCAUUCACACGGAGGCCUCAGCAAGCCGCCCUCACUCAACCAGAUGGUGGGCCAGCAGCCCCAGCACCACCACCACAAUCCCAACGCUUCCUUAGCUCAUAUGGGUCCAAACAUGCUCAACAGCAACCACUUGCAGGCCAAUGGUGAAAUGAACGGUGGCCACAGCAGUCACAAUAUAGUGUCUGCUACCCACUGCAGCCCACCCCCUCUAUAUAACCCUGACCCCAGCCUCGUCAGUUUUCUCACCAGUCUGGGCUGUCAGAACUUCAUUGAGUACUUCACUUCACAGGGCCUUCAGUCUGUCUACCAUCUCCAAACUCUCUCUAUGGAGGAUUUAGGUGCACUGAAGAUACCAGAGCAGACUCGCCUAGCCAUCUGGCGAGGUCUCCAGGACAUGAAACAAGGUGCUUCAGUCCAGCUUCCCACCUCUACUCAUCAACAUGACUACCACGGCCAGCAGGUGCUUCGCUCCAGCGGCAACAUGGCAGCAUCUACCAUGGCAGCCAUUGGAGCUGGGGAACUGCAACGCCAGCGGGUCAUGGAGGCUGUGCACUUUCGAGUCCGUCACACCAUCACCAUCCCUAACAGGCCCGGCGUUGUUGGAACGUCGGGCAUGGGAACAGCUGCCGAUGAGUGGGCUGACUUUGGUUUCGACAUACCUGACUGCAAAGUGUCACGUAGCAAGCACUCCAUCAAGGAGGAGUUCAUGGAAGGUGAUGUUCACUGAGCAGCAAAAACAAUCCUCUGACUGCUUUAUUUGUGCUAACAUCAUCCGAUUACAUGUGGAGAUUGUCUUUCACUGUCAUAAUUUAUUGCAGUUUUUCCAUAGAAUCAGCUCCACUGUUAAAUGUUUAGAAGUGCACUUUGCUCAGCAUUGUGAUUUUUAUGCUUCAAUAAUGGUUCUCCCUGUGCAAUAACAUGUCAUAGAUUUAUUUUACAACAUUCAUUUACAUGGUAAUGUUGACAAUGUGUACAAAUAGACAUCACCACCACCACCACCAGCAGCCUGCUCAUUUCAGUUUUGUGUUUAAAUAACAAAACAAAAAAGUUCUUAUUUGACCUAUUUAUUUUAUCUUCCAGUUUUUCUCCACUUGUACAAAUGUAGAUACUGGAUCUUGUAAAUGUUUUGGAAUAGCAGUAGUCAUGAAAGAGUAUUUAGAUUUCAACGGAUGUUCCUCCUGUUUGACCCAAAUAGAAAAUGGAUAGUAAACCAAACUCAGAGCUUCAACAACACAGUAGCAUGUACUUUUAAUAGCUAUGACAUUAUAUGAAUGCUCCAAUUCUGUAUGUUUUUUUAUUAUUUUAUUGUUAAAUUGUGCUUCAUGUGCUUUGACUUUAAUACUGUGUAUGUAAAUGUGUAUUACAAAGUUGAAUAUUGCUUCCAUAUUUUAUUAAGUUGUGCAAAAUAUGGUGUUCCCUCUUGUAUAAUAACACUCUGACAAGCAGUUGAAAAACAAAGCAUCAUGAGCAGUAUUAUUAUUUCAAUUACUGGGGUCCAAUUAGAUUUGUAAAUAAUAAAUUAAGAAUGCCAUCACUGUUCAAGACAAUGGUAUUUUUUUCCUCUGUAUACUUUCAAAAACUUUGCAGUGCAACGUGGUCAUGCUUAUUUUAGUUGACUCUAUAAUCAUAUGUUCAUGGCACUUGUUUGUAUAAAAAACAACAUUCCAGUUUUAUUUCUACUUUAAUUAUUUGCAAAACUUAAUAACCAUAUUUUCUAAUGCGAUCUCUUACAAAGAAACACAUCCUCUUACCCCUAAAGAAUCAACUAGUCAGAAAGAAGCACUUUAAUGCUUUAUAGGUAAAUUAGGGUUAUCAGUAUUAUACAUUUCCAUGAUGUAAAUAUAAAAGGUUUUUUGUUUGAAUAUUAUGAUGAAGCUUUUUAUUAUGACCUGUUUUGUAAAGAGAUGUAACGUGUUUGUAU